UAUGUGUGUCUAACGGCCGAAAAAAGAAAAACGUUACAAAGCCGUCAAAUCUGUACACGAUUGAUUUUUACCAUUUUUUGGGGAAAAUGUAUUAACUAGUUGUAUUUUUAUAUUGCAUUAGCAAGUUAGUCAUCUAGUUAAUGAAACAAAGUGAUAUUAAGUGUUUCGUGCUUCGUCGAAUUUAUACAAUGAAGGAUCCCUUUGUGUCGGACUCUGCGAUCGAUUCUCCGGCCCGAGAAAGCCUCAGAAACGUCGAUGGAUGUUAUAAUAAGAACUUAUUUAAGAACAAAUCCUUCGCUAACUCCCGUCGUGCCUUACAGUCCGGCGCUGAGAAGAUUUCGAGGACUUUUAGAACUGUUAGAAAUACUUUUGGUAAUCUGUCACAGCAUUUCAGGCUGGGCGGAAGGCGCCGGCAUCGCCUAGCGGAGACUGGCUCUCCCUGCAGAACCCCAUCUACUCCUGUUACCAAGAAAAAACAGGUACUAGGUCGGAGCCCAGCUAAGUUGUACAGUCCGUUUGGAAUAGAGACUCCUCACAGCAGAGACUUCAGGAUGUCUCCGUACAUGCCUGAUACACCUGACCAUGGGUUGUCACCAAAACGACGUAAAGGUGUGACGCAUUCCUGGCACAUCCUCGCCAAAAAAAGACCGCGGGCGCUCUUCCAUUGAUGCCUUUCUACGCACAACGUAUAUCCCACCGCUUACGUAAGGUUAUAUAGCUUUGUAUUGUCCAUAUGCGAUUGGUGCUAUAUUUAGGUUUGAAGUUUAUUGAGUGUAUUUGGAAAUGCUUGUGUCCAAAAUAACAUAAGUCACAAGGUUAUAAUAAUUUACUUUUGCAAUUUUCUAACAAGAAAGUGGGGAAACUGAAAGUGAUGAGUUUAAAAAUAUGUCCAUGAAUUUUCAUACAAUCUUUGAACAAACAUAACUUAGGGUUCUGUGACCUGUAGAUCACAUGAUAUGCUUAGAAAACAUUAUGAGAAAACAGUCAUAAACUAUAAAUGGGCUUAUUCAUAAGGCCACAGACCAGCCUAGGAGAAGACACGGA